UCGAAAUAACGUAUAUUUUUAACGAAUAAAAGUUUUUUCAGUCUACGCAAUGGUCCUCAAGGUUAAUAAACUAAAUGAAAUGAUUGGGUAAAUUAAGGAUGAUUUAAAGAAUCUUACACAGUCGUAUUUUAAUCAUGAAGUUCGUGCUUAUAUUUUUAAUACUGGUUGUAAACUAUGUUCCAUCAUUUGCACUAAAUAUACUGUAUGCAUAUGAUGUGCCAAGUCCAAGCCAUGAAAUAUGGAAUUAUGAGCUAGCGGCUGCACUAGUGGCAAAGGGACACAACGUGACGAUGUUUAGUCCUCUUCCCAAACAAGGACAAGGUCAAAAAAAUUACCAUACAAUUCAAAUUGAAGGUCUAUUGGAUAGAGUAAAAGAAGUUUUUAAUUUAAAUGAUAUCAUCGAAAAUAACGAUUUUGAAAAUCUGUUAUUGUAUCACCAUUGGGGAACUUUCACAUGCGAACAUACAGUACAAAGUAAAGGGUUCUCAAAGCUAUUGUCAUAUCCGAGAGAUUCUUUUGAUUUACUCUUAGUUCAGUACUCCCUUAGCCCUUGUUUACUGUAUUUGAUACAAGCUUUCAAUUAUCCGCCGACAGUCGUAACAACACCAUUUCUUUUGCCAGCAUUUUUAGCUGAAACAUUUGGAAGUGAUGUUCAGCCUGCUUAUAUAGCUAGUUAUGUAUUAAACCACAAUGGAAAAUUUACAUUUUUCGACCGAUUGCGGAAUUUUGCUUUGUUAAAGAUGGACACUCUUCUGCGAGAUUUCUAUCUGAAUGAUAAAAUAAAAGAAUAUGCAACUAAAGGAUUCGGGAAAGACUUAGCACCACUGGAUUCUUUGACUAAUCAUGUAUCACUGGUUUUAUGUAACACCAUACCAGGAUUUCAUCCUGCGCAACCUUUGGCUCCAAAUAUUGUACCUGUAGGGGGAUUACAUAUUACCCCGGCCAAAAAAUUACCUGAAGAAUUUAUGAAUAUAAUGGACAACACCAAAGAUGGUGUAAUCUUAAUGUCCUUUGGAACAAAUAUACAUUCCGCUAACCUUAAAGAUGAUAAAAAGAACAGUAUUAUUAAUGCAUUGGGUCAACUGAAACAAACAGUUCUAUGGAAAUUUGACAAAGAUCUGGAUAACCUUCCCAAAAAUGUUAUCAUAAGGAAGUGGGUGCCACAAAAAGAAAUUUUAGCCCAUCCUAACCUAAAGCUCAUUAUAAGCCACGGAGGAGCCUUAAGUAGCGUAGAAGCGUCUGCCAUAGGUGUUCCUGUCUUAGGAAUACCAUUUUUAUUAGAUCAAAAUGCAAAUAUACAAUUGUUGGUAGAAAAAAAAGUUGCCUUAAAAGUAGAUUAUACCACCAUGACUUCAGAGGUGUUACUGGAUAAUAUUAACGAGAUUUUAAAUAAUCCGGUAUACGCUAAAAAUGCAAAGAAAAUAUCAAAAAUGAUAAACGACCAGCCACAAAAACCUCUUGAAAGGGCUGUAUUUUGGAUCGAAUACGUAGCUAGACAUAAUGGAACUCAUGCUUUUGAUCCAGCUUCCAAGUACCUACCCUUUUAUAUUACGUCUUGUUUGGAUAUAUAUUUGUUUGCGUUAAUUAUAUCUGUGAUUGUUUUUUAUGUGUUAAAAAAAGGUUUUAAUUUUAUUAAAAAUACAGUUUUUACUAAGAGACAGUCAAAAAAGUUAAAAAAGAAAUAAAGUUCUUAUACUAACAUGGAUUAAAA